AUGCCAACUGCACGUUAUCAAACAUAUUUGCAGGAAUUUGGAUCACUUAUUAAGAUGCCAUUUCUUAUCAUUGAAUAUUUCAUUCCUCUAACAAUAGUAACAUUACUAUCAGUUUCUGAAACAAAUGCACAGAGCCGUUUUUUUAGCUUCUUAUCAUUCAAUAACAUCGCAGGCGACAAUUCGUUGAACAAUUUUGCAGCCGCUAGACCAGCUGCUCAACCUCCUGCUCCUGCGCCUGCUCAACCAGUAGCUCCUGCUCCUGCGCCUGCUCAACCAGCAUUGAAUCCUCUUGGCCUAUUAUCUCCUGCAUUUCCCUUUGGUUUGGGUUUGCUUGCAGGCGGCUUGAUUGGUAGAGGCUCCCAAUUUCCUCCUUUUCCUUUCAACUUUGGAUUCAGAAGAUUUGGUCCGUCUAGAUUGAUCUAUCCUUACUAUGGUCGCUAUCCGUACUACUACUACUAUUAUUAUCGUGGUUAA